ACCUUGAACCUCUGAAAUCACUUUUCAGGUGACAAUAAUAAUAAUAAAUCUGAUGGGGGCUUUUAGAGUCGUACUAAUGGCAGCACUAGUUAAUUAUGGCCGUUGCCACCGAUCAACGCGUACUAGAUUAUCGUUCACACAUACCCUAAAUAAACGAAUCUAAACGAAUCUAAACGAGUUUGGAAAUAUUUAUAUUAUUCAUCGUGACUUUCGUGACGCAUAAUUUAAUUAAAACAAUGGUCGGGAUCCACGAGGAAAAACGGAAAAACUGGAAGUGUCUCGGUGAAUGAAAACUUGGUUCGCGGAGGUAUUUUGUGUGUGGACAACACGGGUUCCAAAACGAGGUAAUUCCUACGAUUUUUUAUCGAUUUCCUGGAUUCCGUCGACCAGAAAUUCCCGCGGAAGUCCCUUUUUCGGGAUUCUCAAAAAAUUUGUUUUGUUUACGCCUUGUCAGCGCCGCUGCUUGGUGUGUUUGUGUGUGCAUUUGUGUGUGUGUGGGCGCUUUAAGGGCGCGCUCGAGCGCGCGUAGUUAUAACCUCAAAAAAAUUCCACCUUCCAGCUGUCGAUGAGGUUCCUCAGAUGGAAGACAAGUGACUAUUAUCCAGUGAAAAAGAAUUAGAAUGCAUAAUAAGCGGGGUGUUGAAUAAUCUCAGAAACGAUAAGAAAAGACAGCUACGAUUUUUAAACGUUAUGUUCCAAUUUCAGUUCCUGAUUUAAAAUUUUAAACAAUGCCAGCCAAUUACUUCUGGCUCCUGGAUUUGGGAUAAAAAAACGACCCAGGAAGAAGCAACCUAAGCAUAAUAUGAUGGCAUAGUCAAAGAUUUUAGAUGUACUAAUUAAAAUAAUCCUUAAGAUAACUCAAGUAAUGCACGCCCGAUGUUUAUAAAAAAUCAACGGAAGUCGAUUAGUGUCCAUCCAAGUAUUCAUAAAUGGAACAAGUUUUUGAGCAAAUGCACUUCAGAAAAAAGUUAGAAAAUGUCCUAAAAUCGAUUGUCCACUUGUUUUUCAACGGAUAAUGCACUUCAUGGAGGAACACGUUCGACAGAGUAAUACUUCUAACAUGCGAGCGUGGUUGAAAUCUCUCAAAAGCUGCGGACGGCUUUUGCAACGACUUCUAUAACCUACAAGCAAAUUUCAGACAUGUUUGCAAAAAUCAAAUUCGAGUGAAGACAGAAGUUACAUGCAUGUCAGGACCGGGCGACGUUGGUCGAAAACGCGUUGAAUGGCGUCGCAGCGCAAAUAUCACUUUGUCAAUUACACCAAUCUUCGAUCCUCUCGUUUUAAGGUUUCAAGUUGAAUUAGUAGAUAUAUAAUAGGAAAAGAAAAGGUAGCCCCACGCUGCCCAUAGUCGCGAGGUGCUGCGUGGGCAUGCAGCAGCCUCAGUCACGCCCUCUUCUCGGGGACUCUGUAUCCUCUACAACAUCCCCAAAUACACGUCGCAACAACCCGGUAACAGUCCUCACACAACAGCAGCUUCAACAAUUACAACAACUUCAAACUCAUAAUUCGACUGCUCAAGCGGUAACGUUCACCUUGCAACAGCCCUCAAAUAACAACCAGGAUCAGGCGAAUGGAUCGGCAAGCGGAAGUCAUAUAGUUUACUUAAACCAACUGAACCAGUUAAAUCAGAGUCCCAUUCAUUCCUCGGGGACUGGUAUGGGCCUACCCCCGGCCACCCCCACUUUUGGGGUGGGCCUGAAUAUGGGACUGCCACUAUCUCUCUUAAACACUAGCCUUACGUCGCUUACUUCGAACGUUAUCACUACUUCCAAUCCUUUGCUCAAUCUAAGUCUCCCCAGCAUAAAUUCAGGCCUUACGGCUAUAAAUCCUCUAAACGCCCUUAACUCGAAUAUUAACACUAACUUACCACCGGACAGUAUUACCAAUGGAAUAUCGAACCUCGGCCAGGAUCUAAAUGGAAUCAACUCUGGUUUGAAUCGUCUCAGCGCCUUAAAUCCCACGAGUAUCAAUUCCGGAUUGUCGGGUUUAAAUCACGGAGUCUCGGGUGUGAACUCCAACUUGACGAGCUUGAGCCAAACUCUAAAUCAAAAUCUUGCCACUCUCAAUGCACAUCUGAGCGGAGCGAAUUCUGCGUCUAGCUUAAAUACUCUUAAUUCUAAUUUAAACGCGAACCAAGGGGCAAGUCGAUCUCUGAAUGCCCUCGCGUCCGGUCUCACCUCCACCAAUUUCAGCACUGCCAAUCAGUUUCCGUUUCAAGCCAUUCAGAGCAUCGCUCCGCACAUCGUUGGGUCCAACAUCACCUCAGUGCCAAGUUCAGCCAUAUCCCAGCACCAAAGUACGAACAUCUCCACCUCCCAGAUCUCCACAGGACCCACCUCGAGUUGCCAAACAUUUACGAGUACAUGCGGUGGACCUAUUCUUGCAACCACAGCAAACACGAGCCAUGCGUCUCAUCCAAUCAACGUCGCGCAGUUCGGGAUCAUGACCUCGAAUCUCUCCAGCGUCGUAACCUCGCACAUGUCCGAGUCGAAUGCCUCGCAUGGUGGAUUUCAGCGGCAGUUCUCGCACAUCUCGAGUUCUCCUCUGAGUACAACGACCACCUUAACUGGAGGCCAGCAAGCCUCAAUUCCGAACAUCAAGAUGCAGAAUAUACAGAGUCAAAACAGCAGCUCGCCAGGAAGUCCAUUCUCGAUACCGAUGAAGAGCCCGGCUUCUAAUAUUGCUCCACCCACACCGAGCCCGAGUCCUAAUAGACUCUUAUUGAGGAGUCCUGCCUCAAAUUCGAUGCAGGGAAACAGAAACAGUCCGAGUCCUGUGUCAAGUUCGACACCUAAUAAUUCCUUUGGAAUGCAGCUACAGAGUCCCAUGCAGAGUCCGAUCAGUGUUAGUCAAAUACAGAGUCCCGCGCCUAGCCCUUAUCCCAAUUCCAAGAGUCCUCAUCAUCUUGGAGGUGGAAGGUCGUUGAGUAAUCGAAGUCCUGCACCUGGAAGUAGUCCUGGGCCACCUGUCGUAAGGCCUAACACUCCAAUAAUUCAGCAGGGAAUGCAAGUUCUCCAGAUCAUCCAUGGGACUCCACAAGGAUACCAAUCAGCGCCAGCUCAGCUAGUGACACGAACCCACCACUUAUUUGGUAACCAGCAAAUUCAAAUUGCCGCUGCUAAACCAGCCAAACAACCGCCACAAAUACUGCCUAAGCCACCACAUCAGCAAGUUGGUGUAUCGCAACAAAAGCAACGAGUGACAACAACAAUCACCAAUCAAGUGAGCCAAGUGACACAACAAUCGCAGCCACAAUUAGUGCUAACUGGUCCGCAACAAAAUCCUCCAACUGCUACGAUGAUACCCACCGCACAGGGUCUCCUUCUGAACCAGGUUCUGCCAUCCAGCGGGCCAGUAAUCGUUCAACAGCAACCGGGUGGCGUUCAGCUGAUCCUACGGGCCCCAUCGUCUGCUCAACAACAAACGCAUACUGCACAGUUUGCACAUUCAAGUUUUGAAAAUGAGGACGAAUUUUUUUUAAAUUCUCCCUAUUCAUUGCAGCUGACACAACAACAAUUGGUAAGGGUUGUCACUGCACAAGGUAUGCAGUUGCAAGGUCUUGCGCCAACUUUCUUUGCCGUACCAAACGGUUUUCCUUCGCCGAGUCAACAAGUGAUAAGACACACACCUUCUAGUCCUGCACCAGCAAACUCGGGCAACAGCAACUCGAUAGUGAUCCAGAACGCCAUGGUGCAGAAUCCCCAAUCCCAGUUAAGUCAAACAACGUCGGCGAGUAACACAGGCAACGUUCAAAAUGCGCAGACCAUGAUCGACCAGAGUUUACUCCCACCUCCAAAGAAGAAAGCCAAGAAGAAAAAGAAAGCGAAGAAAAAGGAUGAAGAACCGACGAAGCUAGACUUGGCAAGCAUCAUAAAAAUAUCCGGCAUCAACGACGACGAUGACAUCUUCGAAAAUGAUCUCACGACUGAAUCGGAUGCAGCCACUCACAUGCAAACAGAACCGAGUCCGGCUGCACCGAUUACGUCCUCUCAAAAUGUGAUACACGUACCUGCAUCGAACGCGUCGCAACCCUCGCAACCUUCGGAUAGUUUUAACAGUCACCUGAUCGCUCAGUUACAAAUGCCCGUACAAAAUACAAUUUCCGGACAACUGCGGCUAGCAGUCGGUGAAGAUGGAAGAGUCGUACUUCACCAUACCCCGGAACCAAACCAGCCAGAAAUCGACCAAGCCACCGCCCAAGCCUUGAUUCGAUCCUUGACGCAAGGCGGCGGUCAGAACUCGCAGAUCAUCUCGCAGCUACUUGGCCAGGCACAAGCUGCCCAAGCGUCUCAGAAUACGACUCCGAACAGGCAAAAGUGCACCAAGUCACCAUCCCUCAGUGGAAUUCAACCUACGAGUCGUAUCAAGAGUCCUGCAACUUCUCAAACUAUUACGUCUCCACAAUUCGUUCAUGUCAACUCGAAUCCGAAUAAUCUCCAUCUAACUUCAACUGCGAGUUCUCAAGGCACCUCAAGCACUUCAAUGAAUUGCUUACAAACUUCUAAUCUCCAUCCACAACCUAUUUCUCAAGUUAGUAAAGGUCCUAACGCAGGCGUACAGUUUUGUAGAAACGCAAUUCAGCACAACGAAGCAAAAACUUCUCCGAAGUCAAACACUGCGAGGUCGCCUGCCAAUCAGAGUGUUAUUAACCAGAAUGUCCAGCAGGUCAAGUGCAGUCAAGUGAGGGUCAGAAACACCUGUGUAGCGACAGCACCACGUCAAAAUCACGCAAAGCUUUCGCAGCAGAAUCUUCAGACUCAAAAGACGGUUCAGUGUGGCACGAUGAUGCAGAGGGUUGUGAAGAACAGUCAGAAUGUGCAGCAGAUCAGCAUUCAGGAAGACACACAAUUACCACAGAGUUCGCCUCAUCAUCAAAAUGUUGCACAGCAGAUUGCGACUCAUAGUGUUCAGACCCAAAAUGUGCAACAUAUUUUCGAGCAGAACAUUGGCACUAGUGGGCAGAUACAACAAAAUACUACUGAAGGGAUGCAGGUCGAUUCUGUCAAUAUAAUGCAGAAGAAUGCGAGAAUUCAACAACAGGCGAUCAAUGUUAUGCAGCAGGAUUUAAGCUGUAUACAAAAUGUGGAUCAGAAUAUGCAGUUUGAUGUGCAUCAGGGUCAGAGUGUAAUUCAGGGUCAGAAUGUGAUUCAGGGGCAAAAUGUGAUUCAAGGUCAGAGUGUUAUUCAGGGACAUAGUGUAAUUCAGGGUCAGAGUGUUUUGCAGGGUCAGAGUGUACUUCAGGGUCAGAAUGUACUUCAAGGUCGGAAUAUUUUUCAGAAUCAGAAUGUACUUCAGAGUCAGAAUAUACAUCAAAACCAGAAUUUGCAUCAGAACCAGAAUAUACACCAGACUCAAAAUAUUCAUCAGAAUACGCAGAAUGUUAACCAACGGAAGAAAUCAAAUGCUGGCAAUGUUCAGUUUGACAUGCAGCAACAACAUCAACAGCAGCAGCAACAGCAGCAGCAACAGCAGCAUAUGCAGCACCAUAGUAUUUUGAUAUCUAACAAUCCAAGUAAUCAGACUGAACAGAAGCACGAUCCUCUUAAUUCUAACAUGAUGAACAGCGCGCCGAAGAUCAGUCCUGAGAUCCUGAGCGCCCUGAGUAAUCUGAAUCCCAACGAUCAACUGCUUAUCGCGAACGCAAAUGGACAGAUGCAGGUCAUCAGUCAGCAGUUGCUGCAGCAGUUUCUCUCGGGUCAGUUGAACGCAAUGCAGCAGCCGCAAAAUCAGAAUCAAAAUCAAACGCAGAAGAUCGUGAUUGGCGAACCCGACUCGAGCAAUCAGAACUUGCAGGGUGUACAAAUUAAUACUCCCACGAGUCAGAUUAUUGUCAACAGUUCGGGCGGUGCGCCUACCAUUCAGAAUAAUAUACAAAAUAUUGUGGUGCAGGCUUCACCAUCACAGAUGCCGCAACACAUUCAGAUUCAGAACUCAGGAUUCCCGAGCCAGUUUAUUGAUAACUUGAACCAACAGCAGAUUAGAAAUCUCGGGAAUAGUCAACAGACUCCAAGUCCAGUUCCGAAAAAGGCGAAGGUUUUGAGGAGAGCGAAGGUUGUUACAAUGACGCACGGUACCGUGAAUGCGCAGCAGGCUAAAACCGUCAAUGCUACGAAAUCCACAAUAGUGACAGCAGCCUCGUUACAACAAAAGUUAGAAAAUGCCACCAAGCCGAUUGGGUUUAUUCCACCAAGUAGCGAAACUAUCAAGACUGAACCUGUGCAAGUUGCAGUUAACGGUCCACUGACAUCAACAAGUCAAGUGCCUCCGACACCCACGUUAAACAACCCCCCUGUCCAAAGGUUUCAAACCAUUCAAUUACCUGCACAAAAACAACAAGCUCUUAAGAACAUCCAGGCGCAAAUACAAGCCAUCUUGGCUCGAAAGGCCAACACUCAACCCGAACAAAAUCUUCUCACCAAGCUCUAUCAAGAUCAGGCAAAGAUUCUGGCUAGUGGAAAAAUCAUCAGCAGUUCGCCGCAUCCUAUUUGUAGUGAAUCUGAGACCACGAGUGUCAACGUCGUAUCGACACUCCCCACGUGUUCGCUGACUCAAAAUACUUGUAAGAACCAAACAUCAACGGCACAGACUCAAACACCUGCCUCUGCUUCUACUACAACUACGUCUGCGAACGCUGAGAAUGUGAAUUUCAAAUUCGGAUCCUUGCAAAAAGUAACGAGAAUGCCUAGUGAUAACCUGAGUGACUGUAUGCAAUUCAUGCAAACCCAACAAAUCGGGCCGAGUAUUCCGCCAUUGAGUGUACAUCAAGUGCACAGUAAGCCACACAAGUCUUACCAAAGUCACGGUAAUCAAACGUUGAGUCCGUCCAGCUCGACAGAGCCGAAUUUGCCCUCGUCGAGCAGCUCGACAAAUUUGCUGCCCACGAACAAUCCGCAGCUUCUGCCGCAAACACAGAGCCAGCAGUCGACACAGUGCCAAACCGAUCCUUUGGAUGUUAAGCCAAACAUUCAAAUACCAAGUCCCAUCAAACAGGAGUUACCGUCCCCCAUUCCGGUGCAAGUGCAGAACACUUCGCCUGUAGGUCAAGUAACUUCUCCGAGGAUUGCCGCAAAGGUUGUUCAAAAUGUUCCAAGUGCUGUAAAUAUUGCCAGUAAUCCUGUCAAACAGAUGGCGAGUACUGGCAGCGCUUCGAAUCCGCUUGUCAGUCCGAGGCAGGGCGUUAAAAGACCUUCGUCCAGUCCUAUUUGUCGGCCUAACAACAAUCGUUGUGAAUUAAUGGAGCAGCAGCUAAAAAUGGAUCAAAAUGGUGCAACGAAUCCCGAUGUGAACACUCCAUUCACAUGUAAAAGAGACGCGUGUAAGCGUCUCGUGCGGUAUCAUUGUUACAAUGAGCAAGUUCUUAGUCAAAAGGAUCUAGCGAAGGCAGACGAGAUUUUCGAAGAAACUGCCAAGCAUUUAUUGAGCAAGUUCAAUUCCAUGAUGAAUAAAUACACCUAUCUCCUUCUUAUGGAAAGCAUGCGCGAGGUGAGAACGUCGGAAUUAAUGAUGAUCGAUCGGUCUUUUGUUGCUGAGGAAGAAAGUAUGUUGAAUAGGUUACGUGAGCAAGAAGCAAAAGUCAGCGAGGAAUUUAAGAAAGAAGAAAAGUUGCUCGUGCCGAAGAUCGAGUCAGAUCUGAGCGACGUGGAGUCUCUGAUCCCGACCCUGAGCAACGCCUCAGUAAAGCUCGAACUGGAGGAUGACUUCCCCGACGUGCAGACUGAGACAAAGGCGAUGACAAAACCAUCCAGCACGAGUGGGGACUACGACGAGUGGCUUGAGAUCCAGAAGGAGCUCGGGGUCUACCCACCCACAUCGGAGUCCCUAAAGUGCAAAAACAAUAGUUCGGUUGGUAGCAACACAGUGAGUUCGGCCAGCACGAGGCCUAAGGUUGAAAGAACGCGAUCUAACGGUGAAUAUCGUGCGAGUGCUGCGAAUUUCGCGAGUGGCUCUUCAAGUGCUGUGAGUACGUCGAAAGACACCUUCGGGCACGGCGAAAGUGGGGCACGAGUUUCGGAGAGGCGCCUGAGUAGUGACACAGAACUGGAACGCGACCUUCAGGAGGGCACCGAGAAGAGCCUCGAUGACCUCGCUCUUUGUUCUCAGACCAAGUGCUCGACCUCGCUCGAUGUCUCGGGUGAAUCCGUGAAUCCCAACGAGCACGAUGACAUCACAGCCCAGGUCCAAUCGGCCAUAGACAGUAUCCUUAACCUGAAAAAAAAUCCUGCAAACACAGUUCCCACGAGCAGUGCAAAUCCUGCGCCGCAACCCUCCGAAUCCAAGGAUGCGAUGCUAGACCAGGCGGUACGUAGCAUCCUAGGCUCGUGACCCUCCUUCAACAAAGUAUGUUAAGAGUCAAAGGACACUCAAUAGCGAACUAAUCAUCGAGCUGCGGAUCUCUCUGUAAUCGAGGCGAAUAGCGCUUUAGAGCACGCACUUCUGUACCGUUUGCGGGCGACUCCUCUGAAUUGCAAAUGCGCCUCGAGAUGUGAAGCCUCCCAGAGUCCAGUUUUCGAAUGGAAAACAUGAGGUUUUAUUAUUGUGUUCAGUUUUUGAACUUGAACGUUCUGUCUGUCCCUGGGUCACAUUGACUCCUUCUUUCGAACUUUCGAACGAUAUCAAUAUUUCAAUUAGAAUUUAGAGAAUGGUGUUCAUUGAAUUCUACGCUAAGCAUAUCAGUAUGGUGAAUGCAAAUGUGACGAAGUCACUGCUGCCAAUUUUUAAUGCAUUAAGACUCGUUCCUUGUAGAAUGAUACAAGUUUCAUCACAUUUAGUUUUAUUGAGAUAAUUUAACUGAAAAAGUAAUUUAAAAACUAAUUUAUUUUCGACAUUAUUUAAUUGAAAUUGUAACUCUUUCUUAUAGUAGGAGGAGUAUUAGGAUCAUGUUAGUGAAAAUCGUACCACGUUCGAAAAAUAUUUUACGUUGAGUUAUAAGUUUUAAGGAGUUUUUAAAAUUAAUGAAAAUGUGAAACUGUGUGUUAUUAAGAUUAAUAUCCGAUCGCAACAAGAGUACAAAUGGUACAAAAAUAUUUUUACCGCAAAAUAUUUUACUUCUUUCCAAAAAGAACGCGAACUGUUCAAUCUUGAUUCUCGCUUGUAUUUAUAUUUUAAGAAACGAUUCGCGUACUUUUGUGGAGUAGGGAAGCUUUGCAUCUCUGAGGCGAAAUUCACUUUUGCGAGAGUCAACGGACGGAUGGCAUCACUUGUUUUCGCGACGGGCGAUUCGGAUCUUUUCGUUUCUCAAUGGCAAUAAUUAUUUAUAUAAGUAUAAACAAUUUCAUAUUAAAGUAAACGUAGUGACGCCAUCGUAUUAAUCUAAGAGGAAUUGCAUCGGUCAAGUGAGAGAAGAUGAGUAGUAAGCAAGUAUAGAAUGAUUUUUAAAGGGAGUCCAAAAUUGCAAAAUAAAAUUGAAAUUAAACUAAAAAAAUGAAUAUGAUGGUGGCUUGCUUACUGCUAAUCCUCCUGUUAUCAACGUGGCGUCUGUACUGGCCGUGAUUUCAGCAGCUGUAUAUUACGUAGCUAAGUAACCGGCUCAGAUAUUUGAAUCUACCAGUUUGUAAUGUAAUUUUGUAAAAAGGAUCUAUUUAAAAUGAAUUAUUCCAAUUUACCUAUGUGUAGUACGUAAACAAUGGCGAAACGAACCUUACGAAUACUUAAAAAAAAAUCAAAUGGGUUGGUAAAUUGUAAAUAUGUUUUUAAUUUGUAUUAUUACGACUAUUAAUAUUAUUUUAAUAUGAAUACAAUUAUUGUUAUUGAGAUCUACUCUCGGAAUUAUUUUUAUUAUUAUCGACACUAUUGUACAUUUUUUUCAUCUUGUCGACUUCGAUGACUCGCGCUAAAACCUAGAAUCGUAGUCACUUUGCUGAAUUGGUAAUUGAGACGGAAGUUUGUCAGAGAUAACUAGUCGCAAAAUACGACUCAUUCCGUAAUUAUAAUUAUCGGUAAUGUGAACGCAGUCUGAAUUGAAACUGAAAAUCAAAUUGGAUUUUAUAAGCUGGUAGAAUCUAGUUUUCAAAUGAUUUCAAUGUCGCUUCGAAUACACGAGCGUGGCAGUGGAACGUGCACGAAGCGUUUGAGGAAAGGAUAAUAAUCAUUUGUUUUUCUUGCUACCUCAAGUCUUUCUUUUCACGUACUACACUAAUAAUCGUACUACGCUUUUAGAAUGAGACGUCGGGUGAAACUUUUCUUUUGUUUUAUUCGGAGCCCGAGGGAGUAAAAUAUGGGGAUAGAAUUUCGCAUGUAUGUAUAGUAAGAAUGAAAAAAUCGGUAGCUUUUUAAAAUAACUUCGGUACCGAGUAUCGAACGAAAAGAUACAAGUCUUAGUGCGACUAUGUCGACAUUUUUGCUCAAAAUGAAUCGUAGAUUUAAUAUUUAUGAUUAGUACAUUUUUCUAGAUACUGUAUUUCAGUCGUGUGCUUUUUUCAAUUCGUGUAUAUAUCCUUUCUUCAGACGCAUGUGUAUGCGCACGAGCACAAAUUUUACAUUCUCGCGCACAUUCUCGUUGAGCCUCAGAGUGUACAGAUUGUACAAAGGAAAAAAGUUUUGGUAAAAGCUAUUCAAGACUGACAUAUAUACUGAUAAUGGAUGCAAAAUAUUUGAUGUAAUAAAUUAACGAGUAAUGUUCAUUUGUACAUAAUAUUUAAUUAUACUCUUGAUGGCAAAAGUGA